CACUAUCUGCUUAUACAUCAUCAACCCAUUGCUACAUUGGUUCAUCAGCUCUCUUUAUCUCUCUAUCGCAUCUAAGAGAUUCGAAUCGCUGCGAGAUGGCCCUAAUGGUGAAAGCUCAAGGUGGAAAUGGAGGGAAGGAAUGGGAUGAUGGAUUCAACUAUGAGGGUGUAACAAAGAUUCAUGUACGAGCCGGUUAUGAUGGCAUUCAGUUCAUCAAGUUUGAAUAUGUCAAGGCUGGAAAAACUAUUGUUGGACCAAUCCAUGGUGUCUCUGGUCUUGGUAUGACACAAACGUUUGAGAUUAACCUGCAAAAGGAAUAUCUGGUAUCUGUUGAGGGUUACUACGACAAAUCUACGGGAGUGAUCCAAUCAAUCCAAUUCAAAACAAACGAGCAGACUUCUGAUUUGAUGGGGUUCAACAAGGGUACUAAGUUUUCACUAGGAACCACGAGGAGAAAGAUCAUUGGGUUUCAUGGAUUUGCUGACAAGAAGGUCUACUCUCUUGGAGCAUAUUUCAUCAGGAUUCCUGCAACCAAAUCGGCAAUGCAAGGUGGUCAAACCACAGGCAAAGGUUACGAUGAUGGUGGUGAAUAUGAUGGGGACUAUGACAAAGCUGGUCAAGUGGAAUGCUAUGAGUACGGGGACAAGAACGGAACAGAAGAUAAGAUUACGGUGAAUUAUCCAUAUGAAUGUAUCACAUCCGUAGAAGGAAGCUACGCAUUUACCAACCCUUAUGGAUGUAUUGUCCUUAGGUCGUUAACUUUCAAAACAUCAAAUGGGAGAACCUUAGUAAUUGGAACAGUGACUGGUACCAAGUUCUCGCUGCAGAGCGAAGGAAAUGCUAUUGUUGGGUUCCAUGGACGGGUAGGUUCUUGUGUUGAUAGUAUUGGGGCAUAUUACGCUCCGUUUUUUCCUUCUCCUCUACCUACAGAGAAACUAGAGGGACAAGGUGGUGACGGAGGAGACUCUUGGGACGAUGGUGCUUUCCUAAAUGUGAAGAAGGUAUACGUAGGACAAGGCUCGAACGGUAUUGUCGCCGUUAAGUUUGAGUAUGAGAACGAUGCUAGUGAGGUGGUUUUUGGAGAUGAACAUGGAAAGACGACAUUGCUUGGAUAUGAAGAUUUCAAGCUGGAUUAUCCGAGUGAAUACAUCAUUUCAGUGGAGGGUUGCCACGACAGGAUUAUGGGAGCUGAAACUGGAGUUAUAACGAUGCUUAGGUUCAAGACAAACAAUCGCACCUCUCAUCCCUUUGGACUUGAAGCUGGUGUCAACUUCGUCCUCCAGAAGGAAGGUCACAAGAUCACUGGGUUCCAUGGAAAAUCCAGUACUAUGCUUCAUCAGAUUGGGGUUCAUGUCGUUCCCAUCACUAAGUGACCAUCCACAGCUACCUUCAAUCGAAUAAACAAUCCUUUGUCAAAGACUCAAAGUUUGGUUUUGUUGCUUUUAUAUAUGAAUCUGUAUUAUUCUCCGCUGGUUGUUUGUUUGUGUUCCAUUAUGUAUCUUUAACCUAUUUUCACUUUUCAGAUAAUAAAAAGACAAUU